CCACAACAUUGACCGCCAGUGGGACGUAUGGCCUUGAGAGGUAUAGAGUUAGCUUUCAGUCAGCGUGGCUAACAGAAGGUGAAUGGCUUGAGGUGAAGAUGGUCCAGUGCUUUGGAGUUUUAAGAGGAAUACGAUUCAAUCACCGAGGAAUACAGUGGGAGAUCGCAAGGACCAAGUUGGUUCCAUUUGGUGAGAGAGUGGAUUUCCCGUCUCAGUUUCAUCUUUGAAUGAAAUGGCUAAACAAUCUGAGAACACUCUACACCCAGACAUCCUAUUUACGUCAAGGCGAGUGAGUUUGGUAGACCUUCCUCCUACGGAUGAACAGGUGAAUGAGAUUCGUGAGGCCUUUUCCCUGUUCGAUAUUGAGAAUGUUGGCGAGAUCACGGCCAGAGAGCUAGGCUCCGUGUUGACCGCCCAUGGCUACACGGCGUCCGAGGAGGCACUGGUGCAUAUGCUUAAUGACAUAGACGAAGAUGAGAGCGGCACAAUCGAAUUCAACGAGUUCUGUUCGCUGAUGUCGCGGAAGCUGCGGCCUAAGGAGCAAGAGGAGGAGAUACAAGCAGCCUUCAAAGCCUUUGAUAAAGAUAAUGAUGGUUACAUCACUGCGCAAGAGUUAAAGAGUUACAUGACGGAUCUGGGGCAGAAUCUGUCCAUGCGGGAGGUGGAGGCGAUGAUAACGGAGGCUGACGAGGACCAGGACGGGAGGAUCAGUUAUAAUGAGUUCUGCAAGCUAAUCUCGAGUUAGCGCUCACAAUCGAGUUCCUGGAAAUCGGUAAUUAUAACGAUAACACACAUUGAUGUGGAGCUCUUCUGCGAAGGCUUCCGCCGCUGCUAUCUGAAGCUACGCUACGAACACUUGCCAAUAGAGGUCGUUCAUUAGAUAUGUGUAGUUGGUCAAGGUAGGAGAACUCCAUGUAGGGAACCACCGGUUUUACCAAAAACAAACGCUUUGUGAGCAACACAAGACGAAAACUGAAAUACGAGUUGUAUUAAAAGCUUUGUGUUUUACUCAAAUCACAGUUUAUUGUGUGUAUACAACCACUUCGAUAGCACCUAAUAUAGAUUUUGAAAAAAAGUUCAAUUUGGAUUUCAUGUUAUGUGUU